CCUUUUCCUAUCACUCUUGGUUCUUGUAAAAAGUCUCUCUCCCUCUCUCCUGUCAGCCCCCAGAGCACUGGAAUGUCCCUGCACUGGGGCUGGAAGCCAUCCCUGCAGCAGGUGUGGCAGUGGUCCCUCACAGGGGCUGGUUCCCCUCCCUGGCUGCCCUGGGGAUGUUCCUCAGCUCCUUGUUCCAGUGUCUGCUGUGGGCUGAGCUGGGAAUACAGAAUCCUCCUGGGAAGCACCAUUGCUUUGCCUCCAGCAGCUCCCAGGGUGGCUGAAAGGUUUGGAGCCACCUUAAAAUCCAGGUGGAAGCCUCUGGUAACCAGAGUUGGUAGCAACAGCGCUGGAGCUCCUGGGAGAGGCUCCUUAGAGCUCCUUCCUUGGCUUCUCAGUCGCUCUGGCCAGCCCUGUGAGAGCCCCUGGCCCCUGAGCACAUGGAUCUUGCAGAGAAUGAGGAGGUGCAGCUGGAGGACACCAAGCAGGAGAUGCAGCAGCCUGGAGACCCACAGGAGGAGAUGGACAAGCUGCCUGGCCCCAGGACAGACUUCCCAGCCAGGAUGGUCCUCAGUGAAGAGGAAAAACUGAAGAUUUCCAGAGACCUCGUGGAUCUCCAGAUAGAGACAAACAAAAUGAAGGAGCGUUAUGAGACUGAGAACUUCCAGCUGAAAACCCAGAUGCAGGCCCUGGAGGGGCGGCUGCGGGAGCUGGAGCGGGGCAGGGCCGGGCUGAGGCAGGAGCGGGAUUCCCUGCGGGAGCGGCUGCGGGCCCUGGAGAGCAGCCGGCAGCAGCUGGGCCAGGAGUUCAUCAUCCUCAAGAGCAAUUACCUGGCCCUGGGCAGGGAGCUGGACAAGGAGGUGCUGAGGAACGAGGAGCUGACCCAGGAGCUGCUCAGCCUGGCCAAAGAGAGCAGCCACCCCCCUGGCUUGGCCCAUCAAUCCUCCCCAGGGCUGGGAGGGGGGAGAGCAGCGGGACACCCCCGCUCUGCUCGGAGGGGGAAGCCCGAGGAUGCAGCUGCCUCUGAACACGAGCAGCAGGAGCUGGAAAGAAACUUGCUUGGAAACCAGGAUCACAUAAAAGUGGAGCUGGAAAAACUGAAGAAAAGGCACGAUGAGCAGCAGCAGAAGCUGGAGGAGCGAGUGCUGGCGCUGGGGAAGGAGCUGCAGGAGGCCAAGGGAGCGGUUGGGGACAGCCAGCACAGGCUGGCACAGCAAUCCGCGGUGCUGCUCACGUCCCAGGGCCAGCUCCAGGAGGUGGAGGCGGAGAACUCCCGGCUGCAGCUGCAGCUGAAGGAGCUGAACGAGGAGUAUCGCUCCCGGCUGGCGCAGAACAUCAGGGACCUGGCGAACUACAUGGACAGCAAACCCAGCAGCGUGACAGGACACAGCAGAGCCCCAGCUGGCCACGCUGCCAUGAAGGACUUUGUGGACAGCAUGCUUGGGGACAUCCGAGCUUCCUACAGGUCCCGGGAGGAGCAGCUGGCUCGGGCAGCCCGGGGCUACAAGAAACGCAUGAAGGACUUGGCCAAGAAGCACGAGAACCUGCUCAUUGCCUACGGGCUGCAGCGGGAGCAGAUCCGUGCCCUGGGCAGCAGUGCCAUGGACUGCGGCCCUGCCGAGCUCCACUUGGCCAUCACAGACCCAGAGCUGCUCACCAACAGCUCCCGGGAGCUGAACCGCCUGCGGCAGCAAAAGGCAAAGCUGGAGAUGCAGCUCCAGGAGCUGCAGCAGAAAAGCCUGAAGGGAGCCUCUGCCUUUCCAGCGCCUCCGGAGCAGCAGCUGGAGGAGGAGGGCUGGGCGGAGGUCAGGAAGAAGCUCCGGGAAUUCACACUCAACACCCAGGAGGACCUGGAGCAGCAGAGAAGCCAGCUGCUGACUCGGGCUGUGGCUGCAGAGGAGCAGGUGUCGGAGCUGCAGGGGUACAUCGAUCAGCACCUGGCCAGGUACAAGCAGGAGCUGCUGCGGCUGAGGAACACCAGCGAGGUGCCCCCAGUGCCCGGUGCCAGGAGUGCCAGCCAGGAGCCAGAGCAGCCCCAGCUUUGGGAACAGCCCACCCCAAGGGAGGGCUAAAAUGAGACAAGACAACUGCAGCUCAUCUGUGCCCGCCAGGCUGCCGGAAUUCUGCUCCUCCCUGAGCACCCCCUUGCAUCCCAGGCAGCUCUUCCCUGCUGGGCUGCAGGGACAGGCUCCUGCUCCUGCUGCAACAUUGCUCCUGGAUGAGACCUGGACCUGGACCAAGGGCUGCUCCUGCCUCACUCCCCUCCCCUGUGGGACAGAACCAAGGCUGGCUCAGACCAGGAUUUGUUCUGGGCUUGGACAAAGGGAUGAGCUGCUCUUUUACUGUAAGGGUGGUGAAAGGCUGCCCAGAGCAGCUGUGGCUGUCCCUGGAUCCCUGGCAGUGCCCAAGGCCAGGCUGGACAGGGCUUGGAGCAGCCUGGGACACUGGGAGGUGUCCCUGCCC